AUGAGCUGGAGGGUUGCUGAGUUCCUCUACUUCCUCUUUCUAUGGGACCAUAUAACUGUCCACCCUUCUCACCAGGAGCCUGCUGUGACCAACCAACAUGUCUCCAAGGAAUUUGACUGGCUUAUUUCAGACAGGGGGCCGUUCCACCAUUCGCGGAGCUACUUAUCCUUUGUGGAAAGACAUCGUCAGGGAUUUACAACCCGAUAUAAAAUAUACAGGGAGUUUGCCCGUUGGAAGGUGAGGAAUACGGCCAUUGAACGGAGGGAUCUACUCCGGAACCCCGUCCCUUUGAUGCCUGAGUUUCAGAGAAGCAUACGCCUGCUGGGCAGGAGACCCACAACACAGCAGUUCAUCGACACCAUCAUCAAAAAAUACGGCACCCACAUCCUCAUCUCUGCCACUUUAGGAGGAGAGGAAGCGUUGACCAUGUAUAUGGACAAAAACCGACUUGACCGGAAGUCGGGCAAUGCCAGCCAAAGUGUUGAGUCCCUUCACCAGCUUGCCUCUUCGUAUUUUGUGGACCGGGAUGGAACCAUGAGACGUCUUCAUGAGAUUCAGAUCUCCACAGGAGCAAUCAAGGUCACCGAAACGCGAACGGGUCCUCUGGGCUGUAACAGUUAUGACAAUCUGGACUCUGUGAGUUCUGUCCUUCUACAAAGCACGGAGAGCAAACUCCAUCUCCAAGGUCUCCAGGUCAUCUUUCCUCAAUACUUGCAAGAGAAAUUUGUGCAGUCAGCCCUGAGUUACAUCAUGUGCAAUGGAGAAGGUGAAUAUAUCUGCCGAGACAGCCAGUGCGGAUGCCAAUGUGCCGAAGAGUUCCCUCAGUGCAAUUGUCCCAUCACCGACAUCCAGAUAAUGGAAUACACGUUGGCUAACAUGGGCAAAUCCUGGACAGAGGCCUACAAAGAUCUAGAGAAUUCAGAUGAAUUCAAGUCCUUCAUGAAGAAACUACCUAACAACCAUUUCCUGACCAUUGGGAGCAUCCAUCAGCACUGGGGGAAUGACUGGGACCUUCAGAACCGCUACAAGCUCUUGCAGAGUUCCAUGGAGGCUCAACGACAGAAGAUCCAACGCACUUCCCGUAAACUCUUUGGCCUCAGCAUCCGUUGUCGGCACAAUCCUCACCACCAGCUGCCUAGGGAAAGGACGAUACAGCAGUGGCUCUCCCGAGUCCAGUCUUUGCUUUACUGCAACGAGAAUGGCUUUUGGGGGACCUUCCUGGAGAGCCAACGGAGCUGUGUCUGCCAUGGGAGCACCAGUCUGUGCCAACGGCCCAUCCCGUGCAUCAUCGGUGGCAACAACAGCUGUGCCAUGUGUAGCUUGGCCAACAUCUCCCUCUGCGGCUCCUGCAACAAGGGCUACCGCCUCUCUCGGGGCCGCUGCGAGCCCCAGAACGUGGACUCUGAGCGCAGCGAGCAAUUCAUCAGCUUCGAGACAGAUUUAGACUUCCAGGAUCUGGAGCUGAAAUACCUCCUUCAAAAGAUGGAUUCCCGCUUGUACGUCCACACGACUUUCAUCAGCAACGAGAUCCGCCUGGACACCUUCUUCGACCCCCGGUGGCGCAGGCGCAUGUCCCUGACCUUGAAGAGCAACAAGAACCGGAUGGACUUCAUCCACAUGGUCAUCGGGAUCUCCAUGCGUAUCUGCCAGAUGCGCAACAGCAGCCUGGACCCCAUGUUCUUUGUCUACGUGAACCCUUUCAGCGGGAGCCACUCCGAAGGUUGGAACAUGCCCUUCGGAGAGUUUGGCUAUCCGCGUUGGGAGAAAAUCCGUCUGCAGAACAGCCAGUGUUACAACUGGACUCUCUUGCUGGGGAACCGGUGGAAAACGUUUUUUGAGACUGUCCACAUCUACCUACGCAGCCGGACUCGGUUGCCCUCCUUGAUGCGUAACGAGACUGGUCAAGGGCCUGUGGAUCUCUCCGAUCCCAACAAGCGCCAGUUCUACAUCAAAAUUUCAGACAUCCAAGUGUUUGGAUACAGCUUGCGCUUUAAUGCCGAUCUGUUGCGUAGCGCGGUGCAGCAAGUCAACCAGUCCUACACGCAAGGCGGGCAAUUCUACUCCUCUUCCUCGGUCAUGUUGCUGAUGUUGGAUAUACGGGACCGAAUCAACAGAUUGGCACCUCCUGUAGCCCCUGGAAAGCCCCAGCUGGAUCUCUUCUCUUGUAUGCUCAAACACCGUCUGAAACUAACCAACACGGAGAUCAUCCGGGUGAACCACGCGCUGGAUCUAUACAACACGGAGAUCCUUAAACAAUCCGAUCAGAUGACGGCCAAACUCUGCUAA